AUGGCUAGUAGAACCGUGGCGGCACUUACCCUCCUCAGCCACACCGAGACGGCCGAGCUGUCGCUGCAGCAGCACCUCGAAAUAUCACCCGACCUGAUCGCGUACCCGCCACAGGUCGCCACCGCGGCGGACACGGAGCCGCUGAUGAUGGCACAGCAGGUGCCUCAUCAGGCGACGGACAAGAAACGCGUCAAGGUCUACGAGCUGCGCAAUAAUGACUGGUUCGACAGGGGCACCGGUUUCUGCACUGCGUCCUUUACCACGACAGAGGGCGGCCGCAAAGAUCCUAAAGUGAUUGUCGAAUCCGAGGAUCAACCCGAACGACUGCUUCUCGAGACCAAGAUUCAGAAAGAAGAUGGCUUUCAAAAGCAGCAGGAGACGCUCAUCGUCUGGCAGGAGCCUGGAAGUGGCGUCGAUAUGGCCCUGAGUUUCCAAGAAGCCGAAGGCUGUGCCAUCAUCUGGAGAUUCGUCAACAACGUUCAGCAAACCUUUCACAACACCGUCGCCGCAGCUGAUGACGCCCUCUCCGAUGACCUCGCAGUCGACAUCCAGCAGCAUAGUGUCAACCUGCCCGUGGCCGAACUUGGUCACCUUCAUGAGAUCGAAACCAGUAUGCGCAUCAUGAGCAGCACUGCUACUGGACGUGACGCCCUGGCAAAAUUCAUCAUGGCCGACGACUACAUUGGCAAGCUCCUACCCCUUGUUGAAAUGGCCGAAGAUCUCGAGAGUCUGUCAGAUUUGCACCGUCUCUGUAACAUCAUGAAAACGAUUAUUCUUCUCAACGACACAACCAUCAUUGAACACGCCGUCUCCGACGAAAACGUUCUGGGCGUCGUCGGAGCCCUCGAGUACGACCCCGAUUUCCCGAGCCACAAGGCUAAUCACCGCCACUGGCUGGGCAAUCAAGGCCGCUAUAAGGAAGUAGUGGCGAUUGCGGAUGAAAGCACACGACGCAAAAUUCACCAGACCUACCGACUUCAAUAUCUCAAGGAUGUCGUCCUCGCGCGCAUUCUUGAUGACCCGACUUUUUCCGUGCUCAAUUCCCUCAUCUUCUUCAAUCAGGUCGACAUCCUCCAGCACCUGCAAUCCAAUAACGAAUUCCUCAAUGAGCUCUUUAGCAUAUUUACGGCCGCGCCACCCGAUUACCGGCGUAAGAAGGAAGCCGUUUUGUUCAUUCAGCAGUGCUGUGGUAUUGCCAAGACAAUUCAGCCUCCCGCGCGUCAAGCUCUGUACAACAACUUCAUCGCACACGGACUACUGCAGGUCAUUCAUUUCGGCCUUCGCCACGACGACGUCGCUGUGCGCGUCGGCGCUACCGACAUUCUUGUUUCCAUCAUCGACCACGAUCCAGCAAUGAUUCGACAGACGAUUUAUCGCCAGAUGCACGAAAACCAGCCGUCAUUGACUGAUUCACUGAUAGAGCUUCUGCUUGUUGAAGUCGACCUUGGAGUGAAGUCUCAAAUUUCCGAGGCUGUCAAGGUGAUUCUCGAUCAAAGCGUGCAACCUCAGGGCCCUGAGAUUAUGGCCAAGAUCAAUAAUGAGUUCAUGGGACGGCCGAGACCACAACAGUCGGCUGAUCCUCAGCAAGAAUUGUUCCUGACGCGCUUCUAUGAUCGAUCCGCCGCCAAGCUUUUCAAGCCGCUUCUCGAUUUGGAGAACCGCACGGACAUGAACUUUUCCGUUCAGCAAGCCUCAAUGUUCAACUACCUCAUUGAGAUUCUGAGCUUCUUCAUCCGUCAGCACCACCGAUUCAGCCGCUUCUUUGUUAUGAACAACAAAAUUGUCGAGCGCGUUGUUCACCUCAUCAAGUCCCCGGAGAAGUACCUUCGUCUUGUCGCUAUUCGAUUCUUCCGAUGCCUCAUCGGGUUACAGGAGGAAUUCUACAUUAAGCAAAUCACAGAAAAUCGUGUGCUCGGACCAAUCCUAGAUGUCCUCAUUGCGACAUUGCCACGCGACAACCUGGUCAGCUCUGCCUGCCUUGAGUUCUUCGAACAUGUGAAAAAGGAGAAUAUGAGGGAUCUGGUCAAGCACCUCGUUGAAACAUACCGAGAGCGCCUGGCUGAGCUGAGCUACAUGCCGACAUUCCGUGAUAUAGUUUUGCGCUACGACCAAACGCAAGGCUUUACGACUGAGGUUGAAUACUUUAUGGAAUCAGAGGAGGACAUGACCAGACGUCAGCCUCCCAAUGCGAGGCUAAUGGAGCAUCUCGCGACUGAUCCUCAGGAGGAAGAGUACUGGGAGACGUCAGAUCCGGAGGACGACGGCGAAGAAGGCCAACAUGCCCAUCACAGCAAUGGCUCAACGCUGGUAUCGAAACCUUUAGUCGACUAUGCAUCAGAUGAAGACGGCGACGACGCUGCCGAAGAUGACGACGUCACAACAAAGGAGCAAGAUUUUGAGGCGUCUGCAACACUACCCCCCGAGCGCAUCAGCGAGAAGCGGAGACGCGAAGAGGAUGAAGAAGAGGACGAGCUUGGAAAGCUGGUUGCCAACAAACGUCGUAACAGCGGCUCUACCGACGCGAACUCUGUCACCUCUACGAAGGCCAGCCAUCGCCGACGGAGCUUCUCUGCAGGCGCCAAUCCCAAAAAGAUCGCUAUUAGUCUGUCCCCCGCCCUCAAGAGCGGUGGAAACAUGAGAUCAGACGAUGAAUAG